AUGGCCCUUCACGGUUUACUGAAUGAUGCUGAGGUCACUGCAGCCCUGGAUGGAUGCAAAGACGCCGGAUCGUUCGACCACAAGAAGUUCUUCAAGGCCUGCGGCCUGGCCGGCAAGUCCUUGGACGACUUGAAGAAGGCUUUCGCUAUCAUCGACCAGGACAAGAGCGGUUUCAUUGAGGAGGAUGAGCUCAAGCUGUUCCUGCAGAACUUCAAGCAGGGCGCGCGCACACUGAACGAUGCCGAGACCAAGGCUUUCCUCAAGGCCGGUGACACCGACGGCGAUGGCAAAAUUGGCGUUGAUGAGUUCACCACCUUGGUUAAGGCAUAA